AGAAGCCCCAAGCCUCGCCCGCCUGCCCGCUCGCUCCCGCUCCCGCUCCCGCUCUCCGUGCGGCGCCAGCGGCGGCUGGCUUUAGAGGGAAGUGCCCGGAGACUCUCGCCUGCCGCCUAAUCGGACCCCUCCCACGCCCACCCUUGUGCAAUUCUCAUUUUUUCUUUUCGGUGGCGGGGCAGUUCUUUGCAUGCUGCAAGCUGAGGACGCUGGUUUCGUCCUUCUGAGCUCGCCUCCGUUGCAACUGCAUCGCAGGCCCGGCGGCGGCGGCGACUCUUUUGCGCCCGGGAGAGGAGCAGCGCGCCCGCGAGACGCACUUUUAAAAACCGGAGAAUGGCUGCGUCCCCCGGGAAGGGGAAGCCGAGCGGGUUUAAAGUGCUGGUCGCGACGCUCUCCGUGGCGUUGGCGUACUCGUACAACAUCGAUCUGGACCACCCGGUGAUCUAUCAAGGGCCCAAUAACUCUUUCUUCGGUUACUCUGUGCUGGAGCAUUACCACGACAAUACGAGAUGGGUCUUGGUUGGUGCCCCAAUGGCAGAUUCUAAAUACAGUCCCUCUCUUAAGUCCCCAGGAGCUGUGUUUAAAUGUCGUGUUCACACUAACCCUGAUAGGAGGUGCACAGAACUGGAUAUGGGUCGAGCUAAUGUUCGGGGAGUACCCUGCGGGAAGACAUGCAAAGAGGAUAGAAAUGAUGAAUGGAUGGGUGUAAGUCUGGCCAGACAGCCCACGGCUUCAGGAAGCAUACUGGCCUGUGCACACCGUUGGAAAAAUGUCUACUAUGAGACUGAGUAUAUUCUUCCACAUGGCUUUUGCAACAUCAUCCCACCCAAUCUAGGCUCCAAUGGUAAAAAAUUAAUCCCUUGCUAUGAAGAGUAUAAGAAGAAAUACGGUGAAGAACAUGGCUCGUGCCAGGCUGGAAUAGCCGGCUUCUUCUCAGAGGAACUCGUCGUCAUGGGAGCUCCAGGAUCUUACUACUGGACAGGAACCAUCAAAGUACUGAAUCUCACUGAUAACACUUAUUUCAAACUGAAUGAUGAAUCCGUGAUAGCCAAGCGGUACACAUACCUUGGAUAUGCAGUGACAGCGGGUCAUUUCUCUCAGCUGACAACCACGGACGUCGUGGGUGGAGCUCCCCAGGAUGGAGGUGUCGGAAAGGUAUACAUUUUCCGCACUGAUAAGAGAUCUGGUUCCUUAAUAAAGAUUUUUCAGGCAUCGGGUAAAAAGAUGGGCUCUUACUUUGGCUCCUCCUUAUGUGCAGUUGAUUUGAAUUCUGAUGGACUUUCAGACCUCCUGGUGGGAGCGCCCAUGUUUUCUGAAAUCCGGGAUGAAGGUCAAGUCACCAUCUACCUCAGCCGAGGAAAUGGAGUCCUGGAAGAGCAGCUUGUUCUGAAUGGUGAUAAUGCCUACAAUGCACACUUUGGGGAAAGUAUGGCUUCCCUGGGGGAUAUUGAUGAUGAUAGAUUUCCAGAUGUUGCCAUUGGUGCUCCUAAAGAGGAUGACUAUAUAGGAGCAGUCUAUAUCUACCAUGGAUACAUUGGUGGCAUCAUAUCUCAAUAUUCUAUGAGAAUAUCUGGAAAGCAGUUAAGCCCCAGGUUGCAGAUGUUUGGCCAGUCCAUUUCUGGAGGAGUUGAUAUGGAUGCAAAUGGUUAUCCAGAUGUGACAAUUGGAGCCUUUAUGUCGAACAAUGUGAUUCUACUAAGAUCCAGGCCUGUCAUUACUGUGGAUGUCUCCAUUUUCCUGCCACCUUCCAUUGACAUCACAGCUCCGCAGUGUCAGGAUGGCCUGCAGCAAGUGAACUGCCUGGAUAUCACAGCCUGCUUUAGUUUCAAAGGCAAGCACGUUCCAGGAUUGAUAGGAUUGAACUAUAACUUGACAGCAGAUGUGGCAAAGAAAGAAAAGGGCAAUCCAAUCCGGGUUUACUUUGUCUCUUCUGGAGAACCAGUGGGCCAGAUCACAGAGCAGUUGCAGCUAUCUUAUAUGCAGGAGAAAUGCAGGCAUUACCUAGCCUAUGUGAAGAGAAGAGUCAAGGAUGUGAUAUCACCAAUUGUAUUUGAAGCUGCAUACAGCCUUGGGGAACACAUCACUGCCAAAGAGGAAAAAGAAUUACCUGCACUUAAGCCUGUACUGCGAUGGAAAAAGGGACAGAAGAUGGCUCAGAGAAAUCAGACUGUUUUUGAGAGGAAUUGUCAAUCAGAUGACUGUGCUGCUGAUCUGAAACUUCAGGGGAAACUCUUCCUAUCCAGUGUCGAUGACAGAGCUCCCUAUCUGGCUUUGGGAGCGGUGAAGAACAUUUCACUGAACAUCUCCAUUUCCAACGUUGGGGAUGAUGCGUAUGAUGUGAACAUAGCGUUCAACUACUCCAAGGAGCUCUUCUUCAUCAAAAUGUGGCAAAAGGAAGAGAUGGGCAUUGCAUGUGAGUUGCUGGAACCAGACUCGGAUUUCCUUAAGUGCAGCGUGGGCUUUCCCUUCAUGAGAUCAAAAUCCAAGUAUGAAUUCAGUGUUAUCUUUGACACCAGUCAUCUGUCUGGGGAAGAGGAGAUCCUUUCAUUCCUGGCCACUGCUCAGAGUGGGAACUUGGAACACAAUCUUCAUGACAACGCUCUCACCCUGUCUGUUCCCCUGAUGCAUGAAGUGGACUCGUCCAUCACAGGAGUGGUGUCCCCCAGUUCCUUUAUUUAUGGUGAGUCUGUGGCAGCAUCACAAUUUGUUCAGCUGGAAGAUUUUGAGUGUCAUUUUCAGGAUCUCAACUUCACUUUUCAGGUCUACAAUGCUGGCCCAAGCACUCUUCCUGGAUCUUCUGUUGAAAUUUCAUUUCCGAACCAUCUUUCAGCUACUGGAGCUGAAAUUUUUCAUAUUCGCCAAACGAUGGUUGCCCAGGACAAGGGAAACUGCUCAUUUCAGAAAAACCCAACACCGUGCAUCAUUCCUCAAGAAAAGGAGAACAUUUUUCACACAAUAUUUGCUUUUUUUACCAAGUCUGGGAGGAAAGUACUGGACUGUGAACAACCAGACAGGUCGUGCUUAAUUAUACACUGUAACUUAAGCUCACUAAUCAAAGCAGAAUCGCGCACCAUAGAUGUGCAGAUGCUGUUGAAUACUGAGAUAUUAAAAAAGGACAGUUCAUCAGUCAUUCAGUUUGUAACCAGGGCAAAGGUGAAGGUGGACACGACCAUCCGGGCAAUAGAAGUUCCCAAUGGGAACGCAGAAGAUGUGACGGUGGUCUUUGAGGCCUUGCACAAUCUGGAGCCUCGUGGUUAUGUGGUUGGAUGGAUCAUUGCUAUCAGCUUGCUGGUGGGAAUUCUCAUCUUCUUGCUGUUGGCUGUGCUGCUAUGGAAGAUGGGCUUCUUUCGCAGAAAAUACAAAGAAAUCAUCGAGGCUGAGAAGAACAGGCAAGAGAAUGAGGAUAGCUGGGACUGGGUGCAGAAAAGCCAGUGAGCUGCUGCAGGAAGGGAGCCAUUCGCAGCCCGGUCAUGUGACACACGAUCGCCGCCCUCUCGGUCCUGCUCAUGUAUCUUCCAUAUGUGGAAGAAGGAAUCUUCUCCAGAUUUUUCGGAGGCCCGCUGACACUGCUGUUCUUCACCUUCUUAAGCUAGGGAACAUAUCCUGAGGCAGGCACUGCAGACAUGUCAGGUGACGGGAGCAUCGCUGUCUUCCGGGAAGCGACGAACUUUGCGAACUGAGCUGCAGUGCAGAGCAAUAUUUAUGAAUCCAACGUAUGUGGUAUACCCUCAGGGGAAGACUCUUGCCUAAAAAAAGUAUUUUUUAUAAAUAUAAGCUUUUUAUACUGAUUAUGUCCUUUUAUAUAUUUGUAUCAAUGUUUUAUGUUUUCUAUUGGAUAGCUAUAUAUAUAAAUAUAUAUAGUUCACUAAGGCUGCAAUUCUGCGCAUGCUUACCUGGCGGGGAGUCCCAAAGGAUAAAGGGGGACUCUCUUCUGAGUUCACAUGCAUAGGAUUGUGCUGUAAAGCACUGAUACCCAGCUGGCGUCUUGAACACGCAUAUGUGUAUAUAUCAAUCAUACUGUACUUUUGAAUUCUGACACAGAAGAGAGAAGCAGAUGAAACUAGAUGAAAAACCUCACAUAGUAAACCCACCACUCUUGGUGAUGGAGUGUAUAAAAAGCCUGCAGUGGUACCAAGCCAAAGUCAUUUCAUCUAAAAAAUGUGGCGGGGGGAGUUUUGAGCUAAAGAAUCCUAAAUGUUUCUCACACUGAUGAUUUUUUUUAAUUCUGCUGUCUGGGACUGUCUUUAAAGUAUGUCACAUUGAAAAAAAAUCACCUUCAAACUCUCCCAGAAAAUGUAUGCAUAUGCUUAACUUAACCAGAAACAUCCUUUUUUAAAAAAAAGUUACCAGGGUGUUUUGUUUUGUCUAUUGGGGGGGGUCAAUAUCCAGUGCCAUCCCUCAGGAAUAUUUAAAUGCUUGUUAUGUAGGAGUCCAUUUGUUUCUACUUAAAGCAGAUCCAACUAAUGCCCGUGUACCAAAUGGACACCCCACCCCUCCACCCCAACAACAGUUUGUGGCCUCGAAGUCACUGACCAUCCUGCUUGGUUUUGCAGUUUCAGGCAGCAAAAACGGGAAGCAUAUUGAGGCUUCCAGGGAUGACUUCAGAUCUAAGUUGGGUUUAGACAUGUACAACUGGACUGGCAAACGUGGACUUCCACACCCUCUGCAGCCUCCUGCAAAUGCUGCAUAGAGGGUGGGGAGCCGAAGAAUUGUCCGGGAAGGAGGGGUCCCCAAAAUCAGGCAGAAGCACCUUCUGAGAGUGGAGCAUUUCCAUCAAUAGAAGGCAGAUCCCAAAUCCAACCCAAUGAGACUUGAAUAACAAGGAUUGUUCACAAUUUCCAGCACUACUCACAACAUUUUUUAAAAAGAUGAUUAUCCUUUUUCUAGAACAAAGAUUAAGGUCUAGUACCCAACCCCCCAGGCAUGUAAAUGUCCAAACUCCGAGGACUCUGCGCAUCCAGCACCUCCAAGAUCUUCACUGCCACCACACCCUCUGCCCUGCAUUUCCUCUAAAACGCUAGUUUUGGUUGUUUAGAUGAAGCUGCUGCGGGGCGAGGCAGCACAGAGGUUUGGCCUUCACACCGCAGAACCUCAGAGUUGGGACUGCAAAUAAUCCUAUCAUCCAGAGAGCCUUCUGGAUAUUGGGCAGUAUAAAAAUGAAAUAACUGUGUCCCACUGGCUGAUGUAGGAUUGGGGGAAAUAGGAUUGCUUCCUAUAAAAUUUGAACCUUGUGAUCUCACAUUUCCACCCAUAGUCUUCCAUCAGUAUUUGGUUCCUCCCUCACUAUGUGACAUACUUUAUGCAUGACAGUGAAUUGCUUGCAACCCAUAGCAGGAUCGGAAGGUCACGCUGGCUUUUAUGCACCCUUCUUCAUAGGGCUGAUUGCACUGAAGAAAGCAGCAAUGAAUGUCUUCCUUUGGCCAAUUCUGACAUUACUGCUAUGUAGUCCUUUGGCAAGGGGAAGGAACUGGGGGUGGGGGGUGUCAAGGUUGCAUAAAUAUAAACAGAAGAAACUCCCAUUAUGUAAUGUCUGAUUAUUUUGUGAUUAUUUAUCUGUCACUUUCCAUGUUAUAUUCCUAGUCUUGGUUUGCUUUUUGCAACUGUCCUCUUAACUUUGGCCAGUCUUUUUUGGAGACUGCAGAACUUUGCUUAUUGUUAGCAAGCUGGGGUUAAGCAGUAAGUCUAUGGAUCAGCUGAGAUUUAUAGCGAAGCUCAUCAGUUUAGGUUUCACUGGUCAUCAGCAAGGUGAUAUUAGCAGAAUUUCCAGCGUCCUCCACACAGUAAAUCAAGCUUCAUUAUAAUUGGGAACAUUCCUGCAAUGGGAAAUUACCCAGGGCUUGUUCACAAAUUACAAUAAGAGCCUUGACUGUUUAGUGUAAGGAAAAAAAAAUUAUGUAUAAGCGCUCAGGUAUUAUAGUCUAAGUUGCAUAGCAUACCCCUUAUCACAGAUUUCAAUUCAUAUCUGUCAUGUUUAGAAAUCAAUGGGAUGAAUAAGUGAUACCACACUUAAGUCACAUUGAUUUCAGUGGGUCUAGUCUAAACUUAUGUUUAACUGCAGGUGCCUAUCUUGCUAAACACCAUUCUUAUUUGGAAAUGAAUUUUCAAUUGACUUUCUUGCAGCUCCAUCAUAAUGGAUUCUGGCAUGGCCAAGUCUUAUGUUCAAAGUGGUACAGACCUCUGUCACCAGUUGUAACAUUUUAAUUCUGCCUGCUAAUGGGAACCCCAAAAGCACAAAUGAACACAAGCAAGCACAUUGAAAUUGUCAGUAUCUCAUGAAAACGCAUUGGGGAGCACAGUAGCUUUUGAGGAAGUGCUAUGGGUAUCUGUGGGGCAAUUUUUGUCAAAAGCAGUGAACUCAAGUGUAUGAAACUGCCUUUUAACCAAAGCCCUACCAGGCAAUUGCGUACGCAUGCAGGGCAAAUGCCUUAGUUGAGUCCUCUGUGAGUGUAUUCAGUGUGGGAACUCUGUAACAGAAGAAGCCACAGACGGAGCAAUUCUGUCACUCACAGGCAUUGAUGGAAGGGCCAUAGGAUACUUUGGAUUCAUGGAUCCAAGAUUAGAAACUGUGCUCUGACCUCUCAGUUUUGACCGCUCUCCAUCUAGCAGCUGAUGCAGAAAAAGUACACACUAGCUGUUCUGUAAGCUUGGGAGAGGAACCUUGGAGAGCAGGAAUGGGGGGUUAGUGGGCAGGGAAAAGGGAAGAGUGAAGAGGCCAGGAAUGAGAUAUUCUGCAUCUCUGAAACACUGUCUCUAGAGAAUUGUAGGGCAGGAAGAUGUGGAGGCAAAGGUAAGCUCUGGCAUUUUUCCUGCUCUGCUACUAAGUUUGGGGGCUUACAAGCACUGUGGUGGGACUGUGGCCUUAUUUUGCUUACAGAGCCCCGCUAGGCCUAGAUGCUAGCAGCUGAAUGGAAAGCCUCCUCUAUCAAUCUCUGUUUUAAAUUUAACUCUUAACUUUGGUUCUUCAGGAAUGGUGAGGUUUUUUUUAAGUUUCCCUGAACAUUCGUAAGUACUUUUGUGUGCAUUUCCCCUGAUAAGUGCAUUUUAGGUAUUUUUGCCAAAUGUACACAUUUUUGCAGGAAUUUUCCUAAUAGAAUGCAUUUUAUGCAAACAUUUUAAUGUAAUACACUUUAAAACAAGCA